AUGAUGUCAAGAUCGUAUACCAACCUUUUGGAUCUAGCAUCUGGGAAUUUCCCAGUAAUGGGCAGGGAGAAGGAGCGGAAGCGGUUCCCAAGGGUAAUGACAGUCCCGGGUAGUAUCGUGGAGCUUGAUGAUGAUGCUGCUAAUAGCGUCACAUCUGAAACCCCAUCAUCAGUUGCCAGUGAUAGAAUUAUUAUUGUAGCAAACCAUUUGCCUUUAAAAGCAAAACGAAGGCCAGACAAUAAAGGAUGGAGUUUUAGUUGGAAUGAGGAUGCUUUGCUUGUUAAAGAUAGCUUGCCAGAAGACAUGGAGGUCCUUUAUGUUGGGUCAUUGUGCGUUGAUGUCGAUCCAAUCGAAGAGGAUGAUGUUUCCAAUUAUCUUUUGGAAAAAUUUAAAUGUGUACCCACUUUCCUUCCACCUAAUCUUCUGGAAAAAUAUUAUGAUGGCUUUUGCAAGAAGCAGUUGUGGCCCCUUUUUCACUAUAUGUUGCCAUUUUCAGCUGAUCAUGGGGGCCGGUUUGAUCGUUCCAUGUGGGAAGCUUAUGUUUCGGUCAAUAAGAUCUUUUCUCAGAAAGUGAUUGAGGUGUUAAAUCCUGAGGAUGAUUUUGUUUGGAUUCAUGAUUAUCAUUUGAUGGUGUUGCCCACAUUCUUGAGAAGGCGCUUCCUCCGAUUGAGAAUGGGAUUUUUUCUUCACAGCCCUUUUCCGUCAUCCGAGUUGUAUAGGACGCUCCCUGUUAGAGAAGAAAUUCUCAAGGCUCUACUCAACUCUGAUCUUAUUGGUUUCCACACAUUUGAUUAUGCUCGACAUUUCCUCUCUUGUUGCAGUCGGAUGCUGGGCUUGGAAUAUCAAUCAAAAAGAGGUUAUAUAGGGUUGGAUUAUUAUGGAAGAACAGUUGGUAUAAAGAUUAUGCCAGUUGGAAUACAUAUGGGCCACAUUGAAUCAGCAAUGAGACUUGCAGAUAAAGAGAUGAGGUUUACAGAGCUAAAGCGGCAAUUUGAAGGUAAAACAGUGUUCCUGGGAAUUGAUGAUAUGGAUAUUUUCAAAGGUAUCAACUUGAAACUUUUAGCUAUGGAACACAUGCUCAAGCAGCAUCCUAACUGGCAAGGAAGGGCUGUUCUGGUCCAGAUUGCAAAUCCUGCAAGAGGGAAAGGAAUAGACUUGGAGGAAAUUCAGGCUGAAAUAGAGGACAACUGCAAGAGAAUUAAUGAGGAAUUGGGGAAGCCUGGGUAUGAACCUGUUGUUUUUAUCAACAGGCCUGUAUCAAGCAGUGAAAGGAUGGCAUAUUACAGCAUCGCUGAAUGCGUUGUGGUCACUGCUGUAAGGGAUGGGAUGAACCUGACUCCUUAUGAAUACAUUGUCUGUAGACAAGGAAUACCUGGUGCAGAGACAGCUUUGAACUUGAGUGGACCCAAGAAGAGCAUGCUAGUUAUUUCGGAAUUCAUUGGUUGUUCUCCUUCUCUAAGUGGUGCUAUUCGCGUUAAUCCUUGGAAUGUUGAAUCAACUGCCGAGGCAAUGAAUGAGGCUAUAUCAAUGGCUGAAUCUGAACGGCAGUUGCGACAUGAGAAGCAUUAUUGUUAUGUCAGUUCCCAUGAUGUAGCAUUUUGGUCUAGGAGUUUCUUGCAAGACAUGGAGAGAACCUGUGCUGACCAUUCCAGGAAAAGAUGCUGGGGCUUUGGUCUAGGCUUUGGAUUUCGAGUAGUGUCAUUAGAUCCUAGUUUUAGAAAGCUUUCAAUGGAUCAUAUCGUGGCAGCUUACUGCAGAGCUAAAAACAGGGCCAUAUUGUUGGACUAUGAUGGCACUUUGAUGCCUCAAAAUUCAAUUAUUAAGAGUCCAAGUGCAGAAGUUAUCUCUAUCUUGAGCAGACUUGGUGGAGAUCGAAAGAAUACAGUCUUCAUGGUGAGUGGAAGAGGGAGGGACAGCCUAAGCGGGUGGUUUUUUCCUUGUAAGAAGCUAGGACUUGCUGCAGAACAUGGCUAUUUUUUGAGGUGGCCGCAACAUGAAGAGUGGGAAACAUGUGGCCAGAGUUCUGAAUUUGGAUGGAUGCAAAUGGCGGAACCUGUUAUGAAAUCAUAUACUGAGGCUACUGAUGGAUCCUGCAUAGAAAGAAAAGAAAGUGCUGUAGUCUGGCAUUAUCAGGAUUCAGACCCUGGUUUUGGUUUUUCUCAGGCAAAGGAGAUGUUAGAUCAUUUAGAGAGUGUUCUAUCCAAUGAACCUGUUUCCGUGAAGAGUGGCCAGUUCAUUGUAGAAGUCAAGCCUCAGGGAAUUAGCAAAGGUCUAGUUGUAGAAAAGAUUUUCACAUCAAUGACACAGAAAAGGAAACAGGCUGAUUUUGUGCUCUGCAUUGGCGAUGACAGAUCGGAUGAGGACAUGUUUGAAAUCAUUGGUACUGCAGUGUCAAGAGGCAUUCUUUCUUACAAUGCUGAAGUGUUUGCCUGCACAGUUGGGCAAAAACCAAGCAAAGCCAAAUAUUAUUUGGAUGACUCAUCUCAGGUUAUAACCAUGCUCGAGUCUCUUGCUGAAGCCACUGAUUCUCCAGCCUCAUCUGAUGAGGAAGCCGAUAGCUCCUUGUAA